AUGCAUUCUUUCAGGAUCGCUUGCACGGUUAAAUGGCAAGUAAAUGCCUUCAUCCUUGUUGUUCUCAUCGAUGCGACAAUUUGCCAAAUCCGCUACUCUGUUCCAGAGGAAAUGAGGAAGGGCUCGUUUGUGGGAAAUGUGGCUGAAGAUUUAGGUAUCGACGCUAAAAGACUGAAAUCAGGCGGUGCCCGAAUUGUUAUCAGUGACAGCAGUGAGUAUAUUAGGCUGGAUGUAGACAAAGGAAAUCUGGUCGUGGGAGAGAGAAUAGAUAGAGAGCAGCUUUGUGGACAGACAUCGCCCUGCAGCUUGAAUUUGGAAAUGAUUAUGACAAAUCCAAUUCAACUGCAUAGCGUUGUUGUGGAAGUACUGGAUGUUAAUGAUAAUGCCCCUGCGUUUCAGGAGAAGGAAAUGCAUUUAGAAAUCCUGGAAUCAGCUCUUCCAGGAACCGAAAUAUUGCAAGUGAGUGCAACAGACCCCGAUGUUGGCAUUAACGCUUUACACGGCUAUACAAUACACCCCAAAACACAUUUUAAUAUAAAGGUCUCAUCUAGCCCAAAUGGUCAUAAAUAUGCACAGCUUUAUCUAUCUGAACCUUUAGAUAGAGAGAAAGAAGGAAAGCUGCUCCUCACGCUAACUGCUGUGGACGGAGGUGAACCACAGCGUUCAGGCACCUUAAAAAUACACAUAACUGUGCGAGAUACAAACGACAAUGCUCCCGUAUUCAUGCAAUCAAUUUUCAAGGCUUCUGUUAAAGAAAAUGUCCCAAGAGGAACGUUAGUAGUGAGAUUUAGCGCAACAGAUGCAGAUGAAGGGAUAAAUGGCCAUGUUACUUAUCAUUUUAAUCGAAUGUCCGGUAAUUUUGCCGAACUAUUUCGUCUGGACGAAAAUACCGGCGAUUUAACAGUAACUGGUAUAAUUGAUUAUGAAGAGAAUAAAUUAUAUGAGAUUGGGGUACAGGCAAAAGAUCAAGGUGGACAGAGCACAUCAACAAAUGUGAUAAUUGAGGUUAUAGACGUCAAUGACAAUCCUCCUUUAAUAACAUUAACCUCGUUUUCUAAUGCUAUUGCUGAGGAUUCAUCUAGUGGGACUACCGUGGCUAUCAUAAACGUCAAAGAUCUGGAUUCAGGCAAAAAUGGAAAAGUAGACUGCUCAGUAAACAGCAAUAUUCCGUUCGCAAUUCAUUCAUCUCUAAAAAAUUAUUAUACUCUGGUCACAAACGGUGUGCUCGACAGGGAGCGUAAUCCUGUUUAUAAUAUAACUUUCUCGGCAGUGGAUGAAGGGAGCCCACCCCUCUCAACAAACAAGACAAUAACACUUAGAAUAGCAGACGUAAAUGAUAAUGCCCCGAUAUUUGAACAUAGUUAUUAUGAAGCUUCUGUUAUGGAGAAUAACUCACCGGGAUUGUCUGUGUUUUCCGUUAAAGCACGCGAUUCCGACUCAGGACAGAACGCACGCGUGUCUUACUUGCUUAUUGAUACCGAGUUAAAUGGUAGUCCUAUAUCUACUUACAUAUCAGUAAACGCAGAAAGCGGAGUUAUACAGGCACUACGAUCAUUUGACUAUGAA